AAGUGGGCGGAUCUCAAUGUCAAUGUGUCCAACAUAAUUUAUGUACUUGACAGAGUUAGUUUGUGCUGCUGCUGUAGUACUAGUAGACUUGUGUGGCUGAGAUGGGGAGCUGUGUGGGUAAAGCCCCACGAACCACCAGCAGAGACUUGAACAGCAGUUCCUCCAAGCCUGUAGAGAGAGAGGUCGUGUUGAAGGCAGUCUCUCAGGACCCAGAGGAAGGUCGUCUAAUCACAAAGUUGCUAGCUGAUGUAAAUAUCCUGAGCUCAGAUGAUGGCCCAUUGAGAUGGCAGUCUCUAUUCCACGGCUUGGUUCCAGUGUCUCUGUUUUGCUUCAAACAAGGGACAGUGUACUCGUACCGAGUGUCGGCCACUGGAGUGGAUGGAACAUCAUUCAGCACUCACAUCCACAUACCAGGCACUAGAGUCAGAAAAACCUCAGCAUGCUUCAUACAGUGGAGAGAUACUGAAAUUGAGGGUGGCUGGGGUCUCAACUUUAUGACUGAAACAGACGCCAUGAAAUUUCUUGAAGGAUGCUCACCCCCCACAUUGACCCCCACCUCUGAGAGACUGAGGCAUGCACUGUCAACCCUUUCCCUGUCACUGCCAAUUCCAGAGCCACCCUUAAGCAGCGAAACUCAACUGGAUGAGGUCAUCUUACAAUCAAGAAUUGACAAAGAAGAAGGAGUUCAUAGAGUUCUUGACCUGACCACUCCGACCUCGAAUAGCCCCCCUUCCCCGUAUGAUGUAGAGGCACUGUCUCCUUCCAUGAGUCCAACGUCCCAACGGAGUCUAAGCGAUGAAGAACACAGCCUUUUUGAGCUCUCAUCCUCACUCAAAAUGAUCACCAAUGACUUUACCCUCCCGGACAUUGAAGAAGAGAGUGAGGGCACUAGCAGACCACUGAGUUUAUUGAGUGAACAAGAAACUGCUAGGAUUCACGAACCAGACAUUAGGUAUAGAGAACACUCACGAUCUGCCAAAGCAUUCAACAGGAGGAGUUUUGAUUACACACGACAUAGCUUUGAAGAAGCUGGACUAGAUGUGAUUGAGACAACAUUUGAUACUCUCAACCAGCAGUCCUGUGAUCCACUACUCAGCAAGAUAGUUGACACCUUGUCAGAAAUGUCAACCUCGUUUGAAGAAGAAAAUGUUCUUCCUGAGGCACCAUUUUUACCCAUUAGUCCACCUCCUGGUCCACUACUGUCCCCUCGAUACAGCAUGCUACUAGCUGCACUGGAGGAGAGUAAGGCAAACGCUCGUACUGAGGCAGACAAAAAAAGAGCAUCAGCAAUGAUCAACCGUCUAUCAACAAUCAGCUUGGCCGACGAUGAACCACCACCACUACCCGAGACCUUACCCCCUGGCAAGAUGAUGUCACCACGGAAUAGUAAACUCGUAGCAGCACAAGAACAAUCACACUUAGACCUCAGUAUCUUACUGUCUAAAAUGACCACAAUUUAUGAUGAGAAAAGGAAUACAAGUGCGGCUAGUGUUUCCGAGACCUCGCCACAAAAUAGUCCAACAGUUGCUGAGCUAGAAGAUGAUCAGAUACUAGCUCUCUUACCACCCCCUGACACGACGGAGGUUGGAUUUGAUGAGGUAGUUGAACGGAGAAAAUCCAUUCUGAAACUCACCCCUUCGUUCCUUCGAAACAUUGAACCUCCACAAGAAUUUACUGUCAGUGGUUUGUCAGAGAAUAAUGAAAUAGCAGAUCAGAAUCAAGAACUUUCCUAUCGUAAAGACAGCUCGACUACAGCAACAACUUUUAGUGAAGAGAAACAGAGUAGCAGCCAGAUCUCGAUUGGCCAGGAUGAGGAUACUAGUAGUCUCAGUACCAAGGCUGGAGAGAUGGAUGGGCAAGGUGCAACUGCUGCAGCCUCAGGCCCUGGUAGCGGGGUCACAGCUGAACCCACCAUUAGAAAGACAGGGUGGCUGGAAUUGAAGCCAGUACUAGUUAGCAAGAACCGUAAAGUGGGGAACACAGCAAAGACAAAGAGAAAGUGGAAGAAGUACUGGGCAACUCUGAAAGGAUUGCACCUACUACUGCAUCAGUGUGAUGAUGAGUCCUCACUUAGAGAGGAUGCUCACAUUGACUACAAACUUGAUCUUGAGCUGUGUCUUGUCCACCCUGUACAUGAUCAUGUGAAGAGAGAAAACAUAUUCUGUAUCACCACUGCUAAUGGAAAUGCGUACUAUCUACAGGCACUUGUUCAAUCUGAAGUAGAUGAUUGGAUAACUACCAUUCACUGUGCUUCUGCUGCUGCAAUCACUAAGCAAGUAGGCAGAGAGGAAUCAAUCAAGGUCCUUAAGAAAAAGAAGGAAAAACUCGACAAGUCUAUUGAGAAGGAGAAGCAAUUAAGGAACAUGACUGAGCUCAAUCUCAGCACAGCCUCUGACCACACUGCUAAAACCAUGGGAACAGACCAGGUGCAGAUAUGCUCUGAGAACAUUGAGAAGUUCAGUGUGGAGCUCUAUCGACUGCGUUGCUAUACAGCCUCCCUGGAGGGGGCAGAGCUCCCAAACCCUCAGACUCUUCUCAGCUCCGUCUCCAAGCAGACUAAGCUGGCUCUGGGGAGAGUGGGAAUGUUCUCUGUGUCCGCUCUCACUGCACAGGUCAAUGCUCGUCAUGGACUGGCUUCAUCGUUGAGUACUCCAGCUCAUUCAAGUCCUCCACUCUCUCGAAGGAACUCAUGGAAAAGAGUUAAGCCAUCAACUCCCAAAGGUCAAGUUACAGGGAAAAGUCUGAGAGCAUUGGGGAUAUCUGAUCCGCUGCCAAUGAUAAAGCCCAAAGUAUCAGCAAUCUCUCUCCUCACUAGCAACUAUGACUCAUGUGACCAGGACACGACUGAUGUGGAGGAUCUUCAUGGCCACCUGGAAACAGAGGGUUCUCUGGGGGAGUCGGAUACAGGUCUAAACAUUGUCAGUGUGGGCGUACCCUCUGGGAGGCGCACUCAACUCAUAGUACGCAAUGACAUGACUGUCAAUGACAUGCUCAAGGUCAUCUCUGAGAAGCAUCAUUUGAAUUGUGCUGACCACUAUGUGAGGCUAAAGCUCUCAACAAGUGAUGGCGUAUAUGGAAUCAUUCCGGACAAAGAGGAGUUUCUUGUUGACUUGAUGUACACAAGUAUAGAUGUAUGCCAGAAAUUGGUACACACAGUGACCUUAACAAAGGACAACAUUGAUGCUCCUGCAUUUGGUAUGAACCUCACUCCCUACUGGGGUGAAGAUGAGAGCUUGGGUUCUGUUACUGUGACAGCAGUACAAGAUAAAACAGUCGCUCAGAGGGAGCGAUUGAACAUUGGAGAUGAAAUAAUGCUCGUUAAUGACACUAGUAUCACUGAACUGGGCUGGAGUCAACUGGAAAACUUGCUCCAUUCGGCCACCACCCUCUCUCUAACUGUACGGACAUGCUUCAUUGAUCCACCUCUGUCCAGUAACACAGCGGCACAGAUGAUGGACAGUCUGAUAUGCCCUGCCCCGCCCACAUCAGGCCAUCCAGAACUCUCUGUAGAUAUGCUGAAACUACUAACUGUACCCAAUCCCGAUUCUGACAAUGGCCUCUCCUCUGGAUCCACGCACGGUGUCUCUGGGGAGAAUCUGGAACAGCUGAUGAAGCACUCCAAGGAUAUGUCAAAGUUGUUGCGUGUCUGGAAGAUGCAGGAUACUUCUGAAGACAGCUCUCCGUGGACAAAAGAUGAUAAGCUGAAGAAGAGUGCAUCGGACUUGCUAGAAACCGAAGCUGAGUAUAUUAGAUAUCUCAAUGUACUACUGGAGCGCUACCUUCACCCACUUCAAGGGGAGACCAUUCUUUCUAAGGAGGAUGUGGAGAUCCUGUGUGGCGAUAUCAUUCAGCUCGUGGAGGUCCAAAAGGAGUUCUUCACUUUGCUAAAUGAGUCGGUGUCCUUAGUGGAAAAGGAUAUGCAACCUUCAACUCUCAAGCAAAUGGUAGAAGGAAUUGCCAAAACAUUUCUUGACCAUCAAAGUCAUUUUCGAGAGUACUGUACUUUCUGUGCUAGUCAUCAAAAGGCUCAGGAACUCACUGCUCGAGUAGAGGACCAGCAGCUGCAAACGUUCCUAGAGGCUCGCAACCCUCAACAAGACACAUCACUCAGCCUGAGCACACUGCUGUCAAAGCCGAUUGUGCGUAUCUCAAGAUACCCUCUCUUCAUGGGAGCCAUUCAGGACAGUAUUGACAAGGAGAAGGAAGAGAGGAAAUCAAUUAAAAAGGCUAUUCAAAUGAUGUCCACUGUGGCGAACCACAUCAAUGAGAUGCAGAGAGUAUGUGAGGCUUAUCAACUAGUGUUUGAGUCUAUGUUGAAGUCAUCUCAAAUCACUGAGGUUCAAUUAAACAUCAACAUAUCUGAGUUGAAAUAUUAUGGGGAAGCCAAGUGGUUGAAUCCGUCGGUGGAGAACCUCUCACGAGGGCUCAGGAAAGGUCAAGGUCCUGUAGUCAAUUGUUUUGUGUUUAAGUCUGUAAUCAUACUCAUGUGCAUUGAGAAGAGACAAAAACGUAAAGAAAGCAGGGGAUUGAGGGAAAUCACUGUAUUGGACGAUGACAUCAGAUACAAAGCUUUGUUGCCGUCUGUCUACUGCAAAUUGCAUGACCUUCCAAACUCAGAUGGAGUCUCCAAUAUGUGGCAGAUACAAUAUCGGCCAAGGUCUGGUGCUAUGGUGGGAAACAACUAUCUAUUUCGGAAUGUUGAUUCUGAGGACAAGUUGGCGUUCAUUCGAUGGAUAGACUAUGUGACUACAGACCAGAGGAGGAUGUACGGGAGCUCUGCGUGUAGUUCAGGACACUCCACCCCCACCCUCACAUCCCCACACCACUCCCCCUCUCUCACACAGCUGCCAGCUCGACGAAAUAGAUCUCUCUCACCACUCUCUCAAUGACUGUUCCUUUAAUUUGUAAAUCAUGACUGUUCAUCUGUUUUAACUAUUAAGUAUAAUUAUAAUAUAUGUCAAACAUCAAGAGUUUAAGUUAUGAAUACAUUUGUACCAUACAAUAAUUUUACUAUACAUACGAGA